UUCAAAUGAUUGGAAAAAUAUAUCUAUGAUAUUAGCCAAUCAUGAAAAAAGCAGCGAUCAUUUGACAAGCUUCCAAGCGUGGAAAGAAUUCGAACUUAGGUUGAAAAAAAAUAAAUCUAUUGACGAAAGCAAUUUACAUAUUAUUAGACAAGAGGAAAAAUACUGGCAACAAAUUUUAGAAAGACUAAUUGCUUUAAUACGGGUUCUUGGAGCACAAAAUUUAGCAAUUCGCGGAAAAAAUGAACGAUUAUUUACUGCUGGUAAUGGUAAUUUUCUUAAAUUUGUAGAAUACCUGGCUUUGUUUGAUCCUGUUAUGCAUGAACACCUCAGGAAAAUUACUAAUAAAGAGAUACAUGUACAUUACCUAGGAAAAGAAAUACAAAAUGAACUCAUUAGUCUUUUAUCUGCUGCUGUACAAGAAAAAAUUCUUGCUUCUGCCAAGGCUGCUAAAUACUUUGCCUUAAUUCUAGAUUGCACUCCCGAUGUGAGCCAUGUUGAACAAAUGACGAUUAUUAUUCGAUUUGUAGAUAUAAUAAACGCCAAUAAAUGUGAAAUUAAAGAACAUUUUUUGGGAUUUCUACCUCUUACUGAGACAACUGGCAUCAGUAUAACUGAACAAAUUCUUGAAAAAUUGAAAGAAAUGGGAUUGUCAAUAGCAAACCUACGUGGACAAGGGUAUGAUAACGGCAGUAAUAUGAAGGGCAAAAAUAAGGGUGUACAGCGGAAAAUUUUAGAUAUUAAUCCCAGAGCUUUUUUUGUACCCUGCAAUUCUCACUCUCUAAAUCUUGUUGUAAAUGAUGCUGCUAAGUGUUGUUUAAAUGCCACGUCUUUUUUUAAUUUGGUACAAAGUAUAUACGUAUAUUUCUCUUCUUCGACACAACGUUGGGCAGUUCUAUUACGUAACGUACCAAAUUUAACACUAAAACCACUGAGCGAUACAAGAUGGGAAAGUCGAAUAGAUGCAUUGAAACCACUUCGAUAUCAGUUGUGUAAUGUACAUGAUGCUCUCAUGGAUAUUUACGAAGAUACUACUUUGACAGGACCAUCUGGUAACUUAUCACGAGUAGAGGCUCAAGGACUUGCUAAGAAAAUUUCAGAUUACAACUUUAUUGUAUCCUUGAUUGUGUGGCAUAACAUUCUUUUCGAAAUUAACAUAACCAGUAAACUACUCCAAUCUAAGGAUUUUGAUUUGCAUGCUGCUACAAAGCAGCUGCAUGUAACAAAAACAUUUCUUGAGAACUGCAGAAGUGAUUUAGGUUUUGAAAAAAUGUUAAUAGAAGCAAGGGAACUUGCCGAAGAGCUCGAUAUUCCUCCAGUAUUUGAAUCGGUGUCCAAACCAGCUCGAUUGGGAAGAAAAAAAAAUCAAUUUUUAUACGAAGCAAAAGAUGAGCCUGUUCUAAAUGCAACGCAAAAAUUUAAAGUAAAUUUUUAUUUUGCUAUUCUUGAUACUGCGAUCAAUUCUGUUGAUGAAAGGUUUUCCCAAUUGCAACAAAUUAAUUCUACAUUUGGUUUUCUUUAUGAUUUGCAAAAAUUAGAGAAUGAAUCACACAAUAAUAUUUUAAAAAAUUGCUCGAAUUUAGAAAAAUGUCUAACGUAUGAAGAUUCAAAGGAUAUUGAUGCUUUUGAGUUGUGCAGUGAAUUGCAAGCUAUUGCAAGAAGAGUGCCGAAAAACGCGAACCCACAGGAUGUAAUUAAUUAUAUAUGUAAUUGCAACCUUUUAGACAGCAUGCCAAAUUUAGUCAUUGCUCUUCGUAUUUUAUUAACCCUUCCUGUUUCUGUAGCCAGUGGUGAGCGCAGUUUUUCUAAAUUGAAACUGAUAAAAACAUAUAUACGAUCUACAAUGACUCAAGACAGACUUGUUGCGUUGUCAACUUUAUCAAUAGAACAAGAUAUCGCUCAAACUAUUGAUUUAAAAGAACUAACUUCUACUUUCUCUAAGAUAAAAGCAAGAAAAAUGAAAAUGUAAGUUGUAUCGAUUCCUUUAAAACUUAUAUGGAUGAAACCUCUCAUUGCAGUACUAAAUUUUAGAUUUGACUACAUUUGGCUAUAUUUGUCUAUUGCAGAAAACUAAUUUGAAAUCUGGACGUAUACAGUUUUCUGCAGUGAAUAAUACGAUUAAAUGUAGCCAAAUCAGGAAUUUUUACAGGACUAUGUUCCCUUGAAAUUGGUGCAAUUUAUAAAUAAUAAUAAACAAUUUAAAAAAUUAUAAGAAAUAUAAAGUUAUUUAACAAAAUCAUUUUAAA